AACGGCGACGACGACCACCAUCUUUUCGUCGUCACGAGCGACGACGACGACAACGACGACGACAACAACUGACGCGUUGCCUAAACCCCCAUAAACUUCGUCAUCUUUUCCUCUGCCUAGUUCCAUCGGAGACGACACCGGUAUCCGAACGCCGCCCGCUCCUCCUGCUCGCCUUUUCGCUGUAGUUCGUUGCAUCUUACCCUGCGAUGAGCCCGCAAGCCGCAGAUGCGGGCUUGUCCGACUCUGUGGACUCUCGCAGCGGUUCGCGCGAGCAGCUGGCACCCCCAGGUUCCUCAGGCAAAUUGCGUGGUUCACCAUCGAAUACGAACCUUUCCACGCAUGGCACGGCCCAGGCGACGCCCGUGUCUGUUGAGCAACUCUUACAAGCGAACGCGACGAGCUCAGAUCCCGUGUACGCUGCCUUCGAGCAGGCCGUCAACGAGCGCAACACUUUCGCCGGCCAGAACGCACAGCUCUGGAAGCUCAUCGAGAAGCAGCGCGCGGGCUACAACCAGAUCCUCAAGGAGUUGGAGCGCGUCCGCACUGAGCGGGACUCGUACAAGCACAAACUUGCGGCCCUCACGGGCGUCGAUCCGAAGAGACGAGCAUCUUCACGGCAUGCCGAGCGCGCCCACACCAUCGACUCGUCUGACGGGGAGCACGCCGCGCGACACCCCCAAAUCCCCGAUGAUCCAACGACACCGAGGACGUCGCAGCGCCCCUUCACCGCGCCGCGCGCAGAGGACAUGCCCCGGGGUCCCCGUCACCAGACCCGCAAAUCAUCCCUACCGCCCAUCCGUGUGCCACCCCACCCCGAUCACGCUACCGUGCCCUCCUCCAGUUCAACCAGCUCGGCCGGCUCGCAGCAAGCGCCAUACAAGCGCGCCCACAGCGACUCGACUGCCAGCCGAGAAAGUAAUGCUAGCGGCUCAUCGUCCAUCUACUCGCGCCCGUCUGGCGACAUCCCGCAUCCCACUCCUGAUAAGGCGGCAUCCGUUCCAACAAGCCAUAUCGGCUCCCCCGUUCGUUCUCACCAACACCAUCCUUCCAACGUCACCGUCACGCCCCAGUCCGAACCGCGUAGCCAGAGCGCGCCCAUGGUCCCACCACAGGCCGUACCAUCCCCCGCUCUAACACCAACGCAGCCCUCAUCGUCCCAUCUCUCCCCAUUUCCCACGCCCUCCGCGAUGGCCCUCGACCCGCGACUUGCAUCGCGAGAUUCACGCGUGUCGUUACCUGACGAGGCUAAGCGGUACAUCGCAAAUAUGGCCGAUUCCCCCAUGCCUAGUCCACAAGUGAAUAGGGCAGCGUUCUCGCCCACCUCCAGCAAGUUUACUUCAUCACCACAACCGCGGAGUAGCAGCCCUUAUAAGCAACGCGAAUUCCUCGACCUUAAUGACGACGACGACGAUGACGCUGAUAGCGAGGAUGAGGGCGAGGACGACGGGAACGACCAGAACUCGAUUGCCACGCGCUCAACUCGUCCCGAGGAUCCCGUCACUCCUCAGAACAAUGCCGUCGACCCCCAACGACAAGCCGAGAUACAACGACAGCAGAUUGCGGCUCAGCGGCAGCGCCAGAUGGAGGAGCAACAACGCCAAGUUGAAGCGCAGCGCCAGCAGAUUGAGAACCAGCGGCGCGAAGCGCAGAGAAAAGCCCGCGCGCGCGGCCCGGGCGCCGACGACUUCCCUAUGCCCCCUGGCUCGCCUUCCGCCUCCGUGCACGGCGAGCAGUCUACUACCCCGUUGCGCUCCCCACACCCCAAGAGCGAGCGCUCCGGUGGCACGGCCGACUCCGACGAGAGCGACUUUGAGCGCGAGCUCGGGUCGCGCAAGGGGCAGAGCAUGGAUAUGCAACCCGCAUUCCGCGAAUUGCCGUUGCUGCCGCACGACCUGCCGCACACGACGGUAAAUGUCCUACAGUCCUUCAUUCGCACGAAUGACCGCGGGAAGGAGGUGCUCUCGUUCGUUAUGGCGCUAAGCCCGGGCUCAGGCAAGAAAGGGUGGAACGUGGAGAAGUCGUACAGCGACGUGCUCGCGCUGGACACGCGGAUCCGCAGCCGGGUCAACAAGGGUAUGGGCAAGAAGAUCGCGGCGCUCCCGGAGGGCAAGUUGUGGAAGGAUCACGCACCAGCGAAAGUGGAUCAGCGCAAGCGAACGUUGCAAGCGUACCUCCAGGCCCUGAUAAAUUUGCCGGUGAAGAACAACGACGAGGUCAUCGCUUUCUUCACUACCGACAUUGUCAAGGAGACGCGGCAACCUAUCAUGCAGGUUGGCCAUAAAGAGGGCUAUUUGACGAAGCGCGGCAAGAACUUCGGUGGUUGGAAGCGGCGGUACUUCGUGCUCCAAGGGCCCGUACUUGAAUACUACGACAACCGCGGAGGCAACCAUCUCGGGUCCAUCCAGAUCACUGGUGCACAGAUUGGGCGCCAGCAGCGCACAGAGAAAACUCCGGCGACGGAUGAGGAGAAGGAAUACAGACACGCCUUCCUCAUUGUCGAGUCGAAAAGGGGUCCGGGCGGGAAUCACCCGCGCCACGUCCUAUGUGCGGAGACGGACGAGGAGCGCGACAGCUGGGUGGACAUGCUUGUGCGGUACUUCACGGGCACGUACAGUGAUGACCCCAAUAGCUACGUCGCGGCGGGGGCGCCUUCGCGCCCGAGCAUGUCGAGCGAAAGCGUCAACAUCAGCAGCACGCCUCGUAAAACGCCGACGCGGGGCAUGUCGAGCGAUACGAUCUCCAUCGCGAAGGGUCCUGCGAUGCCGCUAUCGCAGCUACAGCAAGACGCAAGCAACGCAAAGCUAUUCAGUACACCGACCCUCGAACAACAGCGCUCGGAGAGUCCAGCGCAUCGUUCGGGGGAUCAGUCGCCCGAGGACCGCCCGCCGCCGCAGCAUGAGACGCCCGAACACCAUCAUCAACAAGACCACCGCGAGCGCGAGCGAGAUCAGCAGCGCGCACCGCGCAAGCUCGCAAAACCACCGCCGCCACCGUCCGCGCCACCGUCAGGGCAACCGUCCAGUUUGCCGGACUCGUCGCCGCUGUCCGCAGCCACCUCCUUCUCGCCUGAGCCUCUUGUCAACGGUGGGCAGCGCGCCACCUCCGAGAUGGGCCACUAUCCGGAUAUGCAGCAGGAGCGCGAGCGAGAGAGGGACAGGCGGCAUCGUCACCACAAUCACCAUCACGAGUCGCCCGACCACCCGCGGCGGCGGGACCACGACCAGCGCAAGUCGUUCCACCCCUCUGUGCACGCCCCAGAGCGUGUACCUUCGCCAGACAAGGGUGCGCUUGCCGAGAGUGCCAGGUCGAAGAUCUCGGGCCCCAUGAAUGGCGCACCCAUUCCCGCCGGGUUCAAGUUCGGUGGCAAGGAUGCGCCGAGCCCCGAGGUCUCCAUGAGUGACCGGCGCGAGAAGGCGAAGUCGCGCUCAUUCUGGAACUUUGGGCGACCGGCGGACAAGGGCGCCAUCCCCGCUGUGCCACGCAAUGUCUUCGGUGUGCCGUUGGAAGAGUCGCUGGACGUGGCACAGAUAGCGAAUCUGCCGGCGAUUGUGUUCCGGGCGAUCCAGUACCUGGAGGCAAAGAAGGCGGACCAGGAGGAGGGUAUCUAUCGCCUAAGCGGCAGCUCCGCGGUGAUCAAGAGUCUCAAGGACAGGUUCAAUGCGGAGGGCGAUGUUGACCUUCUCGCGGCGGACGACUUCUGGGAUCCGCAUGCUAUCGCGGGGCUGUUGAAGACAUAUCUGCGCGAGCUGCCAUCGAGCAUCCUCACUCGAGAGCUGCAUAUGCGCUUCCUUGCUGUCAUCGACUUUGUCGACGCGCAGGAGCGUAUAAGAGAGCUAUCGCAACUCAUCUCGAUGCUUCCGCUUGCCAACUACAGCCUUCUCCGAGCACUCACAGCGCAUCUCAUCCUCGUCGUACAAAACUCGUCGGUGAACAAGAUGACCAUCCGCAAUGUUGGCAUUGUCUUCUCCCCAACGCUUGGCAUCCCUGCGGGCGUGUUCAGUCUGAUGUUGGGAGAAUUCAAUCGCGUGUUCAACGUGGACGCCGACAAUGAUUCCAUGCCUGGCGAGCAGGGCGAGGGUGGUGAUGGUGGCGAUGACACGAUUCGGAGGAACAGCCGGCAAUAUACGGACGCCGCUGCUGAUCAAUUACUGGGAUUGUCGGGGCGCACUCUCAAAUCGGCCCCCGAAGAGGCACCGUCUGACGGCGACGACUUCUCAUCCCAUGACGAGAGUGGCAACGAACAGACAGACGGAGACGGAGAGACCAUGGAGUCUACCUACUCAAGCUCUGCUCUGCACUCUCAGAACGACCACGCGCACCAUCUGACGCCUCCUGAAACGCCGACGGGACCGAGAGGGAAGGCUGCCUCCGCCGCUGCUGUCCGCGGCCUGAAUGUCUCCAUCCAGCAAUCCGACCGCGGUCAUAGGCAUUCGCGGCUCAUGGGCCUGCCCCACGGCGGCCUGCCCGCGUCACCUCGCCCGCCUGCCUCGCCGCGACAGCCGCCGCCGCUGUAGAGCGUUCUCCUGCCGGACGCGCUCUUGCGGUAGAUCUCUGGAUGUCGUGUACUAGUGUAUAUUAUGUCUGCUGACGGAUGGGACGCUCGUUUGGGUGCGUAUACGUAUAUACCGCCGUGCUAUUUAGGAGUACGACUCGCAGUAUUUCUUGUUGUAGCUAAAUUGUGAUACCCUCGCUCGAUACUAUGGACAAUCCCCACGCUCCUUGGACAGGCUUUUCAAUUGUCUAGAUAUCGUCACCGCAACGAGUCAGCGCUAGUCAGCCCGUAAGCUUGAUUCAAGCCAGUGAGCGAUCUAUGCAGGCGAAGGAAG